GAGUAGUCGGGCACUCUUCAAGCAGGCAGGCAGCUCAGCAAUGCCCAUCGGCUGAUCGAUGACCGAGCAAUUGACGACCAGUGUCUUCGUGUGAUUUGUGUGCUCCGCGUGUGUCUGUGCGUGCCGAUGUGUGGCAGUCUUUUUUAUCACAUAGAUCCACACAUCAACUAAGCGUUAGGUACGAAUCAAAGGACCUCGUCGUCGGAUGCAAGCAUAUGUACAUACAUCAGCUUGCAGACCUGUGCCUUUGACGUCGCCAAGUCGUCCAUCUGCGCCUGCAACCCCACAAAGAGAGCUUGAACCAAGAGAGAGAGAGAGAAGAGAGAGAGAGAGAAGAGAGAAAGAGAGAGAAGAGAGAGAGGAGAGAGAGAGAGAGAGAGAGAGAGAGAGAGAGAGAGAGACGAGAGACGUAAAAGCGCACACGCACACACAUCGAGUGAGAUAGAGAGAGAGAGAGGUGGAGUCUUGGAGGGACGUCGAUGGAAUUUCGCGAAAGUUCGACUUAAUAAAUCACCGGAGAUACCGACGGAGGAUUGAAGGCGCACCUCUUCUUUUUUUUCACUACGCGGAGGGAGAGAGAUCUGUAUACAAGCCGAUGCGUACGCGGGAGUAAAUAGGUUUCCACAGAGGUAGCGCCGCUAAAAGGCUUUGUGGACAGAAAAGGAAAGAGAGUGCAGCACGUGCGAGAGGGAAAAAGAAUUGGGUUGUUUACGGAGAAGUAUUGAGGCGAUUAUAAACUGACUCUUUUUCCAAUAGAAAGCGAAGGCGAAAUAUCAAUCAUUUUUUUUUUUUAGCAACGCCGUAAGGACGUGAUCGAGCGUAAUUUUGCAAUCCUUUCCGCACGCGAAUCUCAUUAUUCAAAUGCUGGAAUCUCGAGCGUGAAAAUUUCCACGUCGAAACUUUGCGCGAAAAUCAAGAGAGAGAUGGAGAGGGAGAGACAGCAAAACAAGCCCCGUGGAAAUUGAAUAGCGUGGUGGGAAAAACAGCCGACAGAAAACACCGCGAAAGUUUGGUUGUCAGUCAUAAAGAGAACUUUUAGGGCUGUUGAUCGUCAUGAUAAACACGUUUACCCAGCAAGUUCAACCGCGGCUGCUCGGGUUCGCUAAUUUUCAUUAGGCAUCAUAAAAGUGAUGAUCGGCCAGGGAUAAGAAGCGUAGCGUGCGUACGUGAAAUCUGCGUAGGCAAAGGAUGGCUUCGGAUUAAAAGUGCAGGUGUGCGGACGAGUUGAUAGGGAAAAGCUACUUGAAUAUUUAUAAUAUACAUGAGAGGUAAUAGGAUAGCCGCGGAAUAUAGGGGGCGUUAGAUGCGAAGGCUUGCUUACGCGUGGGCCAUGCAUUACGACAUUAACCCUGAAAUAUCAAGGCAGCAACGGAACAAAAAGAAGCUGAUGCUGCACAAGCGCCACUGUUAUUGUUGCAGCACUACGCUACACUGGUAUCGAGCAGCAGUAGAGAGUUGGGGAUCAAUCGUGGAGGACGGUUCUCCCGCUAAUUGGCCGACGAGGAUAUUAAGGAUCGACGAGCUAAUAACCUCAGGCGAGUGUCCCGUGGGCGUUGCUGAUUGAACUUGGCUGAGGAUAUACACUGGCUGUAGCUGGACACGGACCGAUCCGUUAUUUGGCUUGUCGACUUGGUGCCUUGCAGCAGCAGCAGCAGCAGCAGCAGGCACGAAUUUGAGUGGCCAGAAACGAUCAUCGACGAACAGCAGCAGUCGCAACAGUGUGUCGAGUGAAUGCGCACGAAACGGUGCGAGCUGAAGGAAGUGCGCCAGGGUAGGCGCCGAGCGAUAGGCGAGGAAUACGUGAACGCACGUCGCUUUGCCUCGGGACAACUGUCAAAACUCGACUCGUACUACGAGCUCAUCAAGAUGAUCGCCGGCGCGGGCGUUGGCUUCGCUGGCACCGCCGGUGUCGGUAUGCUACGUGCACGGCGUCGAGACAUCAGUAUCAAACCAAAUCGCAAGCUCGAUCGCAAAUCUUCUAGAGGUGUUAUUUAUGAGAACGAAGAACUUCGACUCAGAGCCAUAAACAUCAACGCUGAGGUUGAACAAGGCCAGAAUGACAUCAAGAAGCUACGCCGGGAGAACGAACAGCUCAGGAGAGAAAUAUGGAGUCUGCGGGAUGAGUACGACAAGCUCGAGGAGAUCUUGAAGAAGCAGAAGAGUCGAGAGGAGAGCGAUGAACCCGAGGUGCGCUCAGAAACCGAAAUUGCUGGCUCAGAGUUCUCGGACGACGAAGAGGAAGAAGACGACGAUGACGAUGAAGAAGAAAGCGAAUCCGACGAUAACGACGCAACCGACGAUCAAGAAGUACGCCAAGAGAACGCAGAGAACCAAAAAAUAUCCUCGGAAAAGUCAAACGUCACCCCGACGAUGCAGCAGCAACAGCAGCAGCACCACACCUUGUCCAUAGUUCACGAAGAAGAAGAGCCACGGAAACGAGACAAGGGUCAAGCGUUCGUUGCUACAGUCAGCGUGGAGCCCGCUGCCGUCGGCGCCACACAGCAGCCAACGUUUCCGUAUCACGCGACAUCCUUCGAGCAGCCAUAUCACAUGACAACAACGAAUUUCAACUAUCCCAUCGACAGCUCGUUCGUGUUCCCUCCAGCCUCAAAGCCGGAGCCUUAUUCGUCGCUCGUCGAUAGUAUGUUGAUAACUACUUAUCCUCGAGUACAUCAUCGUCAGCAGCAACAACAGCAGCAGCAGCAGCAGCAGCAGCAGCAGCAGCAGCCUUCCGUCGUCAGUCAAACUUCGAGUUUCGACAUGGGCAUUUUCGAGCUUCCCCACGUCGCGACACCUGCCCCACCUCCCGGCUGGCAAAGUAGCCUAAACGCUCGAAGCAGUCCGUUGAACUUUGCCACGGGCUUACCGAGGACGCAGUCGCCUUUGUUGGACGUCGGCGGGCCAACUCUCAAGCCGCCCGAGGAGUUCCGAUGUGUAGAAAACGGGCAUCAGCGGCAGAAGAGUCUGGCUGAGAGGCGGAGGGCUUUUUUCAAACAGUAUACGGACAGUCAGCGGGCUAGUGGGUCUCGUGACAAUAGCGGCUUGGACCCGAACAAAGCUCCGGAUCCCGCGGCAAGCGGCAGAUUGGAACGCUCGAUCGACACCGCCAACGGACUGGAUGCAUCGCCAUCGGCUCUCAACGACACUGGCAACCGGCCGAAGCAUUUCUUUGCGCCUCUGCCCGUGAAAUGUAGGUCUCCGUGUAAUGGCGAAGCUAACAAAACGAUGGGCGCCGAUCUCACAAUGGCCGGCGUGUCCGAUAACGGAAACAGUCCGAGCAGCGAGAAAACUGGUUCGACAGUGAUAUCGAGAGGCCGUUAUGAGCAAGGCUCGUUCGACGUAGCCGUUAGCGAGAGCGACACCGGCAGCAGACACGUCGUCUCGUUCUCCGACAAUGAUAAUUUCCGAUACGCAGACAAUGCGGGACAAAGUGAUUUUUUCGGUGACUCGAACAAUCUACUGACCAAAUCACUGUCCUGUCAGGAUCUCAAUUCACGCGUAUCGUUCGUCGAGAACCUCGGUUCAAGAAACGAGCAAUUAGCUAAGAGCGAUAGUACUCUGGAUAAUACGUCGAUCAAGGCCUUCAAAACUCAUCUGAACGUAACACUGAGGCAACCGGGUUCACGGAAAUCGUUGAGCCCAGACACGCCGGAGAUUCCAAAGCUACCGUCCAUAGACUACAAGCUGUUCAACAAUCCAUUCCUGCAAACUUUCGAGCAAGCUUAUCAGAAUUUUCCAAUGAGGACGGAAUGUCAGAGUCCGCUCUCGCUACAGGUGUGCGAGAGUCCGGUCUCCGGAGCUGGCUACUCGAGUCCGGUGAGGAUGCAGCCGACGUUCACGAGUCCGAGCGAGCCCGAGUACGCGACUUGCAAGCGAAAAGAUCUGGAACGAUUGCGACUGAUGAUACCCAGCAACAAAAUGCUCGACGGCGACAGGCAAGAGUACCAAGUGACGUCCUUCGAAAAUCCGAGUCCGCGCACCUUGCAAAUUCCGCCCAUGACGCCGUACGAGCUGGAGGCACUGCGCAGAAUGCCCACCGGCACAACGCCCCUGGACCAGCCGCCGAUGCUGACGCAACCCACCCCCAGGCUCUAUCAAAAUGUACCUUUCACUCCGGGUAUGAGGCACGAGUCCACCACCAAGAUAUCGACGAUGACUCAGACUUCGCCGAACGAUCGGCCGCAGGACUCGACGACGCAAGCCCAAGACGAGCAGCCGAAGAGGCGACGGUCCCGGAAGGAAAAGAGCGGCUUGGCGAAGGAGAAAGGAGGCUCGAUAAGGCGCAGAUCGCUAAGCACGGCGCGUCGCAGCAAGGAGCAGCUGAAGAAGCAGCCAAGCGUGGCAUCCGCCAAGGACAUUCCAGAGACGCCGAGAAGCCAGCGCGGCGAGUCGGAGCAGCAGGACAAGAACGAGAGCAGGUCCUCGUCGUCGGGUCAGGAGUCGCCCAAGAAGGACCAAGUCAGCACGAAGCGAGUCUCGUUGUACUUCAGCGCGAGGAAGCGGCCGUCGCUAACCUCGUCGAGGACCUCGACGCGCAGCAGGAGCAUCGACAACUCGCCGCGGCAUCUCGGUAGGAGCGACAACCAUCUACUCGAGAGGGACAACCCUAUCCAACAGAGGGAGAGAACCAAUUCAAUCAGUAGUCGAGAGGCCAGAGACAAACAGCAACGCAGGACCAGUACUAGUAGUGGUAGUGUGCCUUGGUGCGCGUGUUGGGGUAAUGGCUGCGUCUAAGACUUUUCCAAUCAGUGCUAAUUAUACAAACUAUGGGCUAUGUUAUAUCUGUUCGUUCUUCUUGAUGGGGCGCACGACAAAAAUUUCAGUUUUUUUCAAAUUACAUUUGCACUUGACUUCGUCGUGUGAAAAUCGUUACAAAAAAAAAACAUUGCGUUAUCUAGGAAACGGAAGUAAACCAAUUUUAUACGCUUAUUCACGUUUAUCUAUAUAUUUUAUGUCGUGUUCAUGCUUGUAUGCAGAUGUUUAUUAGUUAUUUGUUAAUCAAAAGUUUUGUAAUGUCGCGUCCAACACCACUGACGAGAUAAGCAAUAUACGCAAGUUUUAAAAAGUUUCAAUUGCUCACUGUAACUGCAUCCCGACUAUAAAAAGCCAAGCCCUAUUCGUCGUAUUUGCUGGAGUUGUGGUGCUGCAGGUUGCGGCAAAUAAAGAGAUCCCGUGCAAACUUGACGAGCAGCCGAGUAGCAGUGUUGUCUCCUGCGAGGUGCAACGGGACUU